AUGAACCCCAUAUACCCUCUCCGCGCCCUCCAAGCAAUCACUGCCAUUGGAUAUCCUCAUGGUGGACAAGACACUGGCGUCAAGCCGCCCCUUCAGAGAUAG